AUGAAAAUUAUUUCAUUUUUAUUUUUUAUAAUUUAUUUAAAUAAAUGUUUUAGUUAUGAAUAUUUAUCUACAACAUCAUCCUCUGAAUGUAAACAAUAUGUUUCAAGUAUUUCAGAGGUUAAUCCAUUCGAAUCAAAUGCAAAAGUUCAAAUUGUAGGUGAAUUUUGUUUAUAUAAUACAACAGGUGUUCAAAUUUCAAUGACAUUAUCAGGUAGUAAUAUAAUUUAUUCUUGUGACGAUCCAACAAUUGAUCCACUUAGUCAAAUUAUAUCAUGUACAAUUAAUUUCGGUUUAGAUAAAAAUCAAUCAACUACUUUUAAUUUCAAUCAAUUUAAUACAGUAUUUAUUAAAACACCAAUUCCAAUACCAGAUGAUAGUGAUAGUGAUAGUAGUAGUAGUGGUAGCAGUAGUACAUUAUCAAUAUCACCAGUUAGAGUAUUAGGAUCGAAUACUUACCUUUAUACAAAUCAAUCAUGUCCAGGGAAAUGUAAAGAUCAUGGUGUUUGUAGUAUUGGUAGUACUUGUUUAUGUAAUGAAGGAUAUGCAUCAUUUGAUUGUUCUCAUAAGAUUACAAAUGAUGCAUUAUCAUUACCAGUUGGUAUUGAUUAUUCAACAUUUGCAAUGGUAACGAGAAAUGAUAUUUUUAAUAUUAAAUUACAAAGUGUUUUAACAUCAUCAUCAUCAUCAUCGUCAUCAUCAACAUAUCAACAACAAGAUAUUAUAGAUUCAAAUAUAAUUGAUAAAAAUGAAACAUCAAAUGGGUUAUCAUUUUCAACGAUUGUUAAUGAGAAUAGUUGGUUAAAUACAAUUAAAUAUAUGGCAAAUUAUUCAAAAAAUAGUAAUAGUACUUUAAAUAAAUUUAUAAAUUAUCAUGGUGCUUAUUUACCAAUCUCAUCAGUUUCAUCACAAAUUUUAAUUGAACCAACUAUAAAUACUCAAUACCUUUUAAAUAAUGGUAAUGGUAAUGGUACAACUUUUGAAAUGAUAUUACAAAUUGAAAAUUCAAACAAUGAUAUGUAUUCUGUUUCAUGGGAGAUAUCAGAUACGAAUAAUUCAAUACUUUUUAAUAAUAAGAAAACAAAUUCAUUGAUUUUAUUUAGUUUAUCAGAUAUUUAUUGUUUUAAUCAAUCAAUUGUACCAAAUCAUGCUCAUUUAAGACUACUAUCAAAUGAUGAAAUAUUAAAAUUAUUAAAUCAUUCAUCAACUGACACUACUUCAACAGAGUCAACUUAUUCAGUUGAUUCAGUUUAUCUUUCAAUUGUUAUUCCACAACAACAACAGCAAUUAAAUAAUAGUACUGGUACUUAUCAAGUUCAAUUUGCAAUUAAUGCUUAUAAUUAUUCAACUCUUAAAUUCCCUGAAUGGGCAAUCGCUUUAAUUAUCGUUGGUGCAGUUGCAAGUUUUGCUUUUGUUUUAUUCAUACUGGUUCUUAUAAUUAGAAAAAAGAGACAACUUAAAAAUUUAAGUGUAAAUAAUUCUGAAGAAAAUAAUAAUCAUCAUCAUCAUCAUCACAAUAAUAAAAAUAAUGAUGAAAGUAAACCAUUACUUCAUUAA